AUGGUUUCACCAUCGAGUCCACCAGCCAUCGCGGCCGAACAAGAAGAGCCUGCAACGCUCAACUCUGUGGCUGAAAAGGACUUGACUGCGAGAUGUAAGCCGCGGACGAUAGCGUACUGUCCUAACAUGGACCUUGUCGCUGUUGUUACCGAGGACGAGCAGGUGAAUGUGUACAGGCUGAACGGACAGCGGGUAUUUGGCGGGGCCUACGGGCUGGGGGAAGAAGACGGCGAGAAGGGCAUUGUGAGAGCUGUAGGGCUAAAAUGGAAGGAGAAUGGACGAGUGUUGGCUGUUGCUUGCUCCGACAACAGGAUACGCCUGUUAAGCUCCUACAGCGGGAAGAUGGUGCAUGGCCUGACAGCCGAGUCUGCGCCUGUCCCAUUCUCGCUGCCGCAACGGCCUGGUGGAAGCAUUACGUGCAUUGGAUGGGGCGUCAGCUUCGCGGAGACAGACAGCCUGUUAAAGAACCUGAAGGACCCCGAGGGGAAGCUGACGCUGGACGACCUGUUGAUGUCUGAUACGAAACUGUCUGCUCAUCUAGGGUUUCUCAAGGCGGAUCUACCGCGUGAGCUGGCGUUGCUGGAUAUCGAAGGGUCGCUGCCGAAACUGAGUACGCUGCCGUCUACGGGCGAUGAUGACGAUGUGUUCAGCAGCAGGGUAUCUCUUGAUUCUAUAUUUCACUCGCCCGUGAAAAACCCAGGAGACUCCGUGGAUGUGCUGCUAGCCGGGCUUGACGACGGCUCCGUCCAUAUGAGGAUCUUCGAGAGCUUUGAGAUUGGUUCUAUAGAUGUGUCCAGCUCUCUGGAUGGGCCUGAGGGUGGUGAUGAUACCGGUGGCAGCAACAAAAUGGGCAAACGAGGAGAAUAUAAGGCUCUGCUCCAUGCAUCCCAUCCGAUGAGCACGACGCAUGCAGUCCUCUUCCGGAACGAGGCGGGCAUAAAACUGCUGAAUCUAGAUCUACGGUUCAUCACCAAGGCAGGCAGAUAUCUCCCCCUACUUGCGUCUAAGGUCACACAGCUGCAGAACCUACUGCGGUAUAUCAAGCAGGUUCAGGCGCAGAUGCAUCUGGAGUGGAAGAAUGCACGAGAACUGCCUAUCAGGUACCUGAGGAAUAUCAAUGAAGAGCUAAAGGAGCAGUGUCACUGUGAUUUUGUCACGGCUACAUAUCAUUUGAUAGUUACGGGCGAUUGCUUUGCCCCGUUGAAGGAGUUUCUUGCUACCACCAUUGGUGACAGAGGACAAAAACGGUGGGAGAAGACGGUUGCUGGGGGGUACGAGGCUCUCCGCCGACUUACAUAUGAAUGUCUGAUGCCGGCGCUGGAACGCUGCGGCGUCCUGCUUAGCCGACUGAUGGGGCUAUCGAAGUACCACCGCAUCAGCCCAAUCCUAGGCCUGGAGACGACCUAUCUCAAGGAGUGUGUUGCGACGCUGGACUGCCUGACCCUGCUGGCACACAAGGUAGUGCUUCACAGCAGCAUAGAGCUAAAGGAGUUUCAUGCAUUCUCCAGCUGGAUGCAGUAUGAGAUCAAGCUCCAGUCUACCGAUCCAACCUCGUCGACGAUGGACGAGCUGGUAGAAGCAGCAGACGAGAUUGACUAUGGCACCACGCUAGGGUAUGUCAAGGGAGCACUCACUAACAGCGCCCUACAGGGGUUUUUGCAAGUACCACCGGCGCCAGGGGCAGCUCCAGAAGACAGGAAGCGAUGGGAUGUGGAUGUUCAGGACGACGGCACCUUUUACGAAGAGUACAAGAAGGUGGUAUCGCAGCAUGAGUCGCGGCGGACGGUGGAAGGACUGUCGAUACCGAUGCUGGGUGACCUGACCGCCAGACUGUCGGCUCAGUGUGACCGGGUGUUCAAGCAGAUAGCAGAGACACAGCGACGAGGGACGCUGUUCCGGCCUACUCUCAAGCUGAACGAGGACUGCGACUAUGCGGUCCUCGACAUGGCCAUGAAUUUUGAGGAGUACGAGGGCGAGAGGCUACCGUCGAUAUAUGUGGCAUCCAGAUCUCGCACCACGGCACAUAAAUUCUACAUCUACCGGAACAUCCUCACCGUCGUCAACGGGGUGAGCUCGACCAAGGCCAGCCUACAGGCCGCCGUCGAGCUUGGCUCAGGCAGCAUCCAGGACCUCAAGUUUGUAGAAGACGGCACCCUGAUGCUCCUGUGGAAGUCCAAAGUAUCACACCUGGUCAGCAUCCCGUAUCUCCCCAGCAAGCACGGCAGGGUCGAGAUCGACUUCACCGCCGCCGCGCCGGCUGCGAGCCUCGAUCUCCAUCCUGCCCUGGACCGCCUGGUUUGCCACAGCUUCGCACCGUCCGCGAGCGAGCGAGAGCCCGUCCACCUCGAGGUCAACGGACGGCGCGGACGGCGAGUAGUCUGUGUCCUGUAUGCGGACGGGCGGCGGUACUCAGUCCUGGACCUCGACAGCGCCCUGGACUAG